AUGUCUUUACUCGUUAACGUCAAACUGCAUAGCACAGCAAACCAGGAACACGAGUACUAUAUUUACGAUGUACUGAAUGACUUGUUUCUCCAGGGCAAGCCAGGGAAACACGUGGACUUCAUUGGCUAUCUCUCAAUGAGGUUGCUGCCAACGGUGUAUGCUCUUUAUCAUACGAUGGAGGACACUUAUGCUCUUGACUUCUCUGCUCCACCGUUAAGCUUGCCUUUCCUGGUGGCCGUGACUACUGAGGAGGGCAUGCAUGGUCUGUAUAACCAUGUUGAUGAGACAAACCCUGGUAGUUGCACUGUCAUCCAUAUUGCACGGUACCCUACAGGUUACUGUAAGGUGACUGACAGCGACCUUGCAACAUUGUCGUAUAUCUUUGCUACAUCAAGCCAGGGGACAUCGAUCAUCCUGCAGUCAUGGAUUUGCUCCAAGUCCACUCAUAUCAUACCAGCAGAUUCAAGCAGCACCAUUGGAUUACACCAACAGGCCGCCACACCCGUCCAUUGCACAAGACACCAUGUUGAUCGUAGUAUCUGCAAGAUCAUGAGGUUCUUUCUAAAAAAAACCACAAAGAAGCCUAUUCCUGAGAAUGAGAUACUGAACCUUGCUUCACCAUGGCUCUCGCAAUGUUUCUAUGAUGCAAGGCACGCACUGGGCUACACCCUUGAUGACUCUCAUGCAGGCCUUGGCCUUGCUAAUGGAAUGUUUGGUGGCGCUCUGAUGGACAAAAUAUCGGACGGCCUUCAGAUGUUCCUAAGACCAUCCGCAUACACCCUCCCACUUGCUGACAAUGGGUUUUUCCAAUUCAUGCGCCACCAGGCAUGCUCAACAUCCCCCAUGGGAGACAAUAGCGUUCGUCGCAUCAUUUGUCUUGCUACAAAGACUUGUCAAUUGCUCGACCACUCCCGUCUCACUAGCAAUGUUUCCAACACCCAGCCAAAUGUUCAUGGAAUUUAUGGAGAUGGGUCCUAUGCUCUUGCAACAGGACAAUGA